CAGAAGCCUGGGUUUAAGAAGAGGCACAAGGUUUCCUGUCAGCUCGGAGAAGAGUGGACACACGGCGAUGGCAGUGGUACAGGUGCCCUUCUUGGUUGCUGUGCUGCUCCUCGUCUCCCCUGGCCUCCACUGCUCCUCUCCCCCACCGGCCUGUCCCGAGUCGUGCACCUGUCAGAGAGCGUCCCUGUUGAAUUGCUCGUCCUCUGGCCUCUCCUCGUUGCCGCAGCACAUCCAAGAUUCUGUCACUUGGCUGGACUUGUCUCAAAAUCGCCUCGAUACUGUUACACUCCACCGGCCAUAUCGGAACCUCAGGAAUGUAUGGCUGGAAAACAACACUAUCACACGCUUGUCACUCUGCAUAGACACAAACCUGGGAACCCAAUCUGUCAGAGGUAGACAUUCAGGACGAUUGGGACUCUCGAGCAGACGCAGAUGUGUGUCUUGGGCCCCCGCCCUGCAGCUGCUAUCUGUUGAGAGGAAUCAGCUGAAACAACUCCCAGAGGGGCUGGAACGUAGUGCAUCCUUAUGGGUUCUGCAGCUCUCCUUCAACAGGAUCUCAACUCUACGACCAGGAGAACUGAGACAUCUUCGACAGCUAAAAGAGCUCCACCUAAAACAUAACCUCAUCACGAGUCUCCAUCCACAGAUGUUCCAAGAUUUAGCCGAGCUCAAAGUCCUUGAUCUGAGCUUCAACAUGUUGACCAACCUCCAUCCUUCGAUGUACCUCUCCCUGCAUACCAUUGGGUCAGAAGUUAGGCUGGAUGGGAACAGGUGGCAGUGUGACUGCAGCAUGCGAAGUCUAAGAAGGCGUAUGGCCUAUGACAGCAACAGAGGCCUGCAGACCUGGGGCGUUGUGUGUGCUCUCCCAUCUGUCCUCUCAGGCAAGGACCUGCUACAGUUGGAGGAGGAUGACCUAAACUGUUUUGGUUCUGAAAACAGUCCAGAGCUCCAUCAAGAUGUGACGGUCUACAGCGGCUCUGAGAUACUUCUGUCUUGCUCUAAACAAGAUUCCUUGUGGUUGACGCCCAGUGGUCAAGAAUCUGUUAGCGGACCUCAGGCUUCUCUGCUCAUCGGUGACGUAACUGACAAAGACAAAGGACUAUAUGUGUGUAUGACUGAAGACCAUGAGGUUGUUUCUGUUUUUAACCUUCAAAUCAGGAGAGUAGAACAUGCAAGAAGAAAAACAAGAAGUUUGCCCAGAAAUAUCCGACAAGUUAUCCCCCAAAUCACCACAAACAGGAUAGGUCAAGAAAGGAAUCAGGGAGCUACACAGUCUGACCUGGCUCUGGCAGUGUGUCUGUCAGUUUUCAUUACGUUUCUGAUAGCCUUUAUCCUUGGGGUCUUAGCUAGACCUUUUAUUGAGGUUCUUUGCACAAAGAUCACUAACAAGAGAAACCCAACUGGAACUAACUCUGUCUCAUCUUCAGAACAAAGACAAUAUGAGAAUGAAGCCUACUCCGAGGGUGAGGAACCAGAAGAGAUCGUAACUCACAGGGAAAGGAGAGUCACAUUUAGGACCGUCAACACUGGAGAAGAUAUUAAUGUAGAAUAUUAUGAUACCGUAGCCGGUGGUAAUCAGCAAAGCGGAGAAGCAACAAACACUGAGGAGGAUGAGCACACAGCUGGAGACUCAGGAAGUGAAAACGGCUCACGACAGAUAAAUCCAGGAAAUAAACAGCGAGAUGCAAGAGACAUCUCAGGCACCACUAAUACAAGACGCAAACACAGAGUGCAGUUUGACAACAUCCCAGACUCUGAAAAGCUAGAGGAGAGAAGUUUGUCUUCAUGCUCAGAUUCUUCACUAUCUGACCGAGAAUUAAAAAAGGAUCGAAUGAACAAGAGAGCCCACACAUCACCCAAGUCUCUGCAGCGGGCAGAAGACUCUGUACAGCAGGGAGCUGAUUCCUCAACAUCUGAAAUAGUAGAAGUGGAAGAAUUAGCCAUCGAGAGGACAAGGGAAAUGUCUGAAUUUUCUUCUGAGCCCUUUACAGAUUGGUCACCACAUGCGGAUGAUACCAAACAUACAGACUCUGGCUUGUGGCAGGAGAAUGAAGAACAAUUUGAGUUUAGUGAUUCAGUUGGAAGCAAUUCUGCGAGGUCCAGCAGUUUGUUCGGUUCUUUUAAUUAUUCCAAACGUAAAGUUCUGCCCACUUCAGACAUCCAAAGCAGGGAUGAUGUGUCCAGCUGCAGCUCAUCUCUCAGUGCGGAUGAGCCUACGCAAUACACUGUGAAUCCAGACCAGGAGGAAGAAGAUACAGAAAACAACCACAAUAAAUCUAAGCUCACAAACCCACAUGACACACUAAGGUCUGCAGAGAGACCAGAGCAAACCUCUUCCUCUCAAUCCAGCGACAGUGAGCAAAUGCAGAACACGGUCAAUGAAAAAGUAAACAAAGAAGAGGUGAGAGAAUAUUAUAAGCCAAGCAGCGGGAUAGUUGCAGGGGAGAGAGAAACAAGAGAGAAAAUUAAACCCAUGCCACGGUCAAGGUGGCGUGGAGUCAGUUUGGGUGUUGGAGAGAUGCACAAGACAAGUGUUCAGUUUCAGGAAUCUCAUACAGCAAGUCGUGAUUCAGACGCACAUUGGCCUGCCCUAGAUCUUGAUAAUAAAAUACGCAUUAAGAGGCGUCUAGACAUCAAAGCACCAUCACCAUCUCCUGAUUCAUCCUCUAGUAAAUUCCAGCAAAAUCCAGAUGCAGGGUGGCCUGCCUUAGAUCUUGAAAAUAUUCCUACCAUCAAGAGGCGUCUGGAUGUCAAAGCACCAUCACCCCUUCCUGAUUCAUGUUCUAGUAGUGAUAGUGAGGAUGAAACAACAGGUCACACAGAGAAGACGAUACCACAGAAGGUUGACCAUUCAGGGCUUCUUUUGAAAGAAUCUCAAACAGCAAAUCUUGAUCCAGAUGCAAAGUGGCCUGCCCUAGAUCUUGAAAAUAUUCCUACAAUCAACAGGCGUCUAGAUGUAAAAGCACCAUCACCAUCUCCUGAUUCAUCUUCUAGUAGUGACAGUGAAGAUGAAACACCAGGUCACACAGAGAAGACGAUCCCAGAGAAGGUUCACCAUCCAGGGCUUCUUUUGAAAGAAUCUCAAACAGCAAAUCCUGAUCGAGAUGCAAGGUGGCCUGCCCUAGAUCUUGAAAAUAUUCCUACCAUCAAGAGGCGUCUGGAUAUUAAAGCACCAUCACCUCCUCCUGAUUCAGCUUCUAGUAGUGACAGUGAUGAUGAAGCAACACAUGCUGCAGAGAGGCCUGGGAAGGUGGGAAAUGCAACACUUCCAUUGCACAAAUUUCCAACAGCAACUCAUGAUCCAGAUGCAAGGUGGCCUGCCGUAGAUCUUGAACAUAUUCCUACCAUCAAGAGGCGUCUAGAUGUCAAAGCACCAUCUCCUGAUUCAUCUUCUAGUAGUGAAAGUGAAGAUGAAACAACAGGUCACACAGAGAAGAAAAUACCGCAGAAGGUUGACCAUUCAGGGCUUCUUUUGAAAACAUCUCCAACAGCACAUCUUGACCCUGAUGCAAAGUGGCCUGCCCUAGAUCUUGGAAAUAUUCCUACCAUCAAGAGACGUCUGGAUGUCAAAGCUCCAUCACCUCCUCCUUAUUCAGCUUCUAGUAGUGAAAGUGAUGAUGAAACAAUACAUGCUGCAGAGAGGCCUGGGAAGGUGGGAAAUGCAGCACUUCCAUUUCACAAAUUUCCAACAGCAACUCAUGAUACAGAUGCAAAGUGGCCUGCCCUAGAUCUUGAACAUAUUCCUACCAUCAAGAGGCGUCUAGAUAUCAAAGCACCAUCACCCCCUCCUGAUUCAUCUUCUAGUAGUGAAAGUGAUGAUGAAACAACAGGUCACACAGAGAAGAAAAUACCGCAGAAGGUUGACCAUUCAGGGCUUCUUUUGAAAACAUCUCCAACAGCACAUCUUGACCCUGAUGCAAAGUGGCCUGCCCUAGAUCUUGGAAAUAUUCCUACCAUCAAGAGGCGUCUGGAUGUCAAAGCACCAUCACCAUCUCCUGAUUCAUCUUCUAGUAGUGACAGUGAUGAUGAAACAACACAUGCUGCAGAGAGGCCUGGGAAGGUGGGAAAUGCAGCGCUUCCAUUGCACAAAUUUCCAACAUCAACUCAUGAUACAGAUGCAAGGUGGCCUGCCCUAGAUCUUGAACAUAUUCCUACCAUCAAGAGGCGUCUGGAUGUCAAAGCACCAUCACCAUCUCCUGAUUCAUCUUCUAGUAGUGACAGUGAAGAUGAAACAACAGGUCACACAGAGAAGACGAUACCGCAGAAGUUUCACCAUUCAGGGCUUCUUUUGAAAACAUCUCCAACAACAAAUCUUGACCCAGAUGCAAGGUGGCCUGCACUAGAUCUUGAACAUAUUCCUACCAUCAAGAGACGUCUAGAUGUCAAAGCACCAUCACCAUCUCCUGAUUCAUCUUCUAGUAGUGAAAGUGAUAUUGACACAACACGUCACACAGAGAAGACGAUACCACAGAAGGUUGACCAUUCAGGGCUUCUUUUGAAAGAAUCUCCAUCAGCAAAUCUUGAUCCAGAUGCAAAGUGGCCUGCUAUAGAUCUUGAAAAUAUUCCUACCAUCAAGAGGCGUCUGGAUGUCAAAGCUCCAUCACCUGAUUCAUCUUCUAGUAGUGACAGUGAGGAUGAAACAACAGGUCACACAGAGAAGACAAUUCCACAGAAGGUUCACCAUUCUGGGCUUCUUUUGAAAGAAUCUGAAACAGCAACUCAUGGUCCAGAUGCAAGGUGGCCUGCCCUAGAUCUUGAAAAUAUUCCUACCAUCAAGAGGCGUCUGGAUGUCAAAGCACCAUCACCCCCUGAUUCAUCUUCUAGUAGUGAAAGUGAUGAUGAAACAACAGGUCAAACAGAGAAGACGAUACCGCAGAAGUUUCACCAUUCAGGGCUUCUUUUGAAAACAUCUCCAUCAGCAAAUCUUGAUCCAGAUGCAAAGUGGCCUGCUGUAGAUCUUGAAAAUAUUCAUACCAUCAAGAGACGUCUGGAUGUCAAAGCACCAUCACCUCCUCCUGAUUCAUCUUCUAGUAGUGACAGUGAUGAUGAAACAAUACAUGCUGCAGAGAGGCCUGGGAAGGUGGGAAAGGCAGCGCUUCCAUUGCACAAAUUUCCAACAGCAACUCAUGAUACAGAUGCAAAGUGGCCUGCCCUAGAUCUUGAACAUAUUCCUACCAUCAAGAGGCGUCUAGAUAUCAAAGCACCAUCACCAUCUCCUGAUUCAUCUUCUAGUAGUGACAGUGAAGAUGAAACAACAGGUCACACAGAGAAGACAAUUCCACAGAAGGUUCACCAUUCUGGGCUUCUUUUGAAAGAAUCUCAAACAGCAACUCAUGGUCCAGAUGCAAGGUGGCCUGCCCUAGAUCUUGAAAAUAUCCCCAACAUCAAGAGGCGUCUGGAUGUCAAAGCACCAUCAACCCCUGAUUCAUCUUCUAGUAGUGACAGUGAUGAUGAAACAACACAUGCCGCAGAGAGGCCUGGGAAGGUGGGCAAUGCAGCGCUUCCAUUGCAAAAAUUUCCAACAGAAACUCAUGAUCCAGAUGCAAGGUGGCCUGCCCUAGAUCUUGAAAAUAUUCCUACCAUCAAGAGACGUCUGGAUGUCAAAGCACCAUCACCUCCUCCUGAUUCAUCGUCUAGUAGUGAAAGUGAUGAUGAAACAACAGGUCACACAGAGAAGACAAUACCACAGAAGGUUGACCAUUCAGGGCUUCUUUUGAAAGAAUCUCAAACAGCAACUCAUGAUCCAGAUGCAAGGUGGCCUGCCCUAGAUCUUCUGAAUAUUCCUACAAUCAAGAGGCGUCUGGAUGUCAAAGCACCAUCACCAUCUCCUGAUUCAUCUUCUAGUAGUGACAGUGAAGAUGAAACAACAGGUCACACCGAGAAGAAGACAUCAAUGAAGUUUCACCGUUCAGGGCUUCUUUUGAAAGAAUCGCAAAAAGCAAAUCGUGAUCUAGAUGCAAGAUGGCCUGCCCUAAAUCUUGAAAAUAUCCCUACCAUCAAGAGGCGUCUGGAUAUCAAAGCACCAUCACCAGACUCUAAUUCGUCUUCUAGUAGUGACAAUGAGGAAGAUAUUACACAUCAUAAAGCGAGGCCAACGAAGGUUGAUAUUGUUCCGAUAAAGAAACAUGAACAGGGCAAGGUCAAUCUUUCAACAUUUCCGUUGCACAAAUCUGAAACAGUAAGUUAUGAUCCACUGGGGUCUGCUGUAAAUCUUAACCAUAUUACUCGAAUAAAGAGACGUUUGGACAUCAAAGCCCGAACAUCACCUCCUAAAUCGUUAAGUGAUGAGAGUACAGUGGAAGGAAAGAUAAAGGAAGCCAAUAAAAUGGGUCCCCAUUACUUAUCAAGCAGCUCAGUUGAGCAAGAGGAGUAUACAGAAGAUAUAAGCAACCCAUCAAUGACAAUAAAACCACAUCCAGAUCCAAGAUGGCCUGAACUAGGUCUCAGCAGCGCUCCUCGUAUCAAAAGGCACCUAGAUAUUAAGACACACUCACCUUCAACUGAGUCAUCUUCCAGCAGUGACAAGAGUGACAGUGAAAGUACAUACCUACCGGUGAAAGUGGAGAGAGACAGAACUGUUGCGGGGAUUACAAAUUAUUAUCCAGUGACAAAAUUUUCUGACAUGAAAAAAAGUUUCUCCCCGAUAAACAGGCGUUUAAAUAUCAGAGGACCACCACAACCAGCAGACUCCAGCUUUUCCAGCAGUGCUAAUGGGACACUUUCAAGUCACACUGAGAAACAUGAGAUGGACAAAGAUGGUGUCAGGAUCACAACUCAAGAGCAACAGAAAGUGAUGCAUAACAUUAAUCUGGGUAUCCCCAAGAUGAGAAGACGUCUGGAUAUUAAAGCCCCAUCACCACAACCAGAUCUCGUACUUGACAGUACAUCUGCAGACGUUCGACAGUAUGAAUCAAACUCUUCCUCAAGCGAGAGUGAGGAUGAGAACAGAGGCAACAAGGUUACAUGGUCACCGAAAAGCCUGAUAAACAUUUCUCCCAAACCAAAGACAGAUCACACUAUCAAAUUAGAAAAGUAUACAGUUAUUACUGAUGACCUGAGGGACAAACCAACAAAUGACAACAUCAGCCCAACACCAGAGAUAAACCCAGAGCUCCAGUCAAGGUGGAACAACAUGAAUCUUGGCGUCUCCCGCUUCAGAAAGCGUCUUGAUAUCACAUCACAAAAAAAGACACCUUUACCUGACUCGCCCUCCUCUUAUACAGGUGAAAGUGGGACUGGAAAUAAAACUAGCAGAACUAGAUUAAAUAAGAACUUAGUAAAGGUUACUGAGGAAAAGUCAAACCCAGAUACCCCGCUGACUGGUUUUGGCACUCCACGUGUUGGAAGUUACUUGGACACAAAGGUCCUUGAAAAGGCUCCUGGUACUUCGCCAUUACAUCAACAGUCUGAUUCCGUAUCCAGCAGUGAGAGUGAGGGUACCUCAACAGAAUACGCAGAUUACACGUGGAGGGGAAGAUCUCAGCUGAGUGUUGUCCCAGACGUGGCAGCUCCCCAGAAUCGCACCUCUUUACUUGUGACCCAUGCUGCUGAUGAGUCACGCAGUGGAACUCAGGUGGAGAGGAAGGCUGGGGUAGAGCUCAAAAGCCUAGCAUCAGAAGAGGGGGACGGGCCCGCCUCAAUGUGGCCUAAUCUGAGACUCACAAAUAUCCCUAAAGUCAAAAGGGCUUUGGACAUCAGAGCUCCGCUGCAAAGAGAAUCCUUCUCCAGCAGCAACAGUGAGGAUGAGACAGACCACGCUGUUCCAAAACUGAAACCUGGUGUCCCGCGCAUUAGCAGGCGUCUGAAUAUCAAGGCACCAUCACCAGAGCCAAAUACUUCCUCGUCCUCCAGCAGCAUGAGCGACAAUGAGGUGACAGGAUACUCUGCACAACAAAGCUUACAUUCAUCUAAUGUGACAGCAAUGACAGAUGACGAUUACUCUCAGAUCGCUUAUAAACGUACAAUUAUCAAAGCUCCAAGGCAACGCAAUUCUUUCCCUUCCAGUGGCGGAAGUCACACUUCAGACCAUUCUGUUGCACAAGCAGGUCUACCCCAUAGAGUGGAUGACGGAAGUGCAUCUCUAUCCCAAUGGGGAGUUUCCAGUAUUGAACAGCAGAGCACCUUGGACGUUUCACCCGAGAUAAGGUGGACGGGCAUCGGUCGAAAUCUACCAGACUUUUCCAGUGCGAGUAGACGUUUGGAUUUAGGCAUACCUCCUCCACAGCGGGUUCCACCUGCAGAGCCAGAACUCACCCCACCUGACUCCUCCAACUCCUCUGGUAAAAUAAAACGGGACAGAGUGAAAGCAUACGAGUCUCUGAUGCAUAGAUUUUCAUAUCCUACCGCCAGUAGGGGUUCUGUUGCAUCCAGCAGAUCUCUGGACAAAUUUGACAACGCAAGCAGAAGCAAAAGUGAGAUUUUUAGGGCUCUGUCUGAGGAUAGGAAGGAAAAGAAAGGCCUUGGUGCUUUAAAAGCCAUCUCAUCAAAGAGACUUCAGUGGGACACAGACGAUAAAGAUAAAGAUGCUGUUUAGAUGAUCUCCAACUAUGUAGUGCUGUGGUUCACAAGGUUACACCAGUUUUAACUUUAAAGGGUUUGCAAGGACAUCAAACCUGUGGCCAAACUGACAAAUACACUGUUCCUCUAUUAAGUUGAGAAAACUGCUGCAGGUUGCUUUAUGUUAUUCGCUGCUACAGAAGGGAGUCUGACUUUGGUGUCACAUCACAAAACCUGCCACUCCAUUUUGACUUCUCAACAUAAAGAUCUGUGAUGUUAACACAGAACUUACCACUAAAACAAAGAAAUGAUUGUCAUUGGUGUUUUGUCUUGAGUUAGCUAACCCUAACCCUAACCCUUGUCUAUGAAUUAAGCUUGAAAUUAUAUGUAAAAACUAAAAAAGAUGUGUGGAGUAGUUGUGGAGCAGUGUUUGAGCAGCAUGUUUAUUCUUUUCUGUUCAGGUUCUUGUAAAUCACAUUUUUAAAGCACAACAUUGUAUCUGUAAUCCAUUUUGCAAAGAGAGACCAUAUAAUCGUAACGUGCCUGUAUUGUUAAUACACCUUAAUCAAACCAUGUCUCACUGUGUGAUGUUAAGUGUUAAUUUGUAGACUUAGGCUCAUCUAAAUAACAUCAACAGUAAUGACAGCAUAAAGUACUUUUUGUUAUUGGUUAACUAUUGACAGAAGAGCCAUUAAGUUAAUAAACCAUUUUAUUUAUGUAUAUAGACAUAGGUUAUAGUGAAAACAGACAUAUAGACACUUACAUAGUUUACAUACAUAUAUACAGUUGGGACAAGGCUGUUCAUCCUCCUGCAUUGUCAUUGGAGAAAACUCUGGUAACAACUACCUUGAUCUUAGACAUAUGCUGAUGAUUGAUGUAUUGUCAAGACAAUAAAGGCUUUCAUAUAGUUUCA